CCUCCCUCUCUCUUCCUCCCCCCAUUUCCAUCUUCCCCGAGCUCUCCACCCUCCACCCGCCACCGCCACCGCCGCCUUCGCCGCCGCCGCCGCCGCCGACGACGAUGGGGAGAGGGCCGGUGCAGCUGCGGCGGAUCGAGAACAAGAUAAACAGGCAGGUGACCUUCUCCAAGCGGAGGAACGGGCUGCUGAAGAAGGCGCACGAGAUCUCCGUGCUCUGUGACGCCGACGUCGCGCUCAUCGUCUUCUCCACCAAGGGCAAGCUCUACGAGUUCUCCAGCCACUCCAGUAUGGAAGGGAUCCUUGAACGCUACCAGCGUUACUCGUUUGAUGAAAGAGCCGUACUGGAGCCAAAUACUGAGGACCAGGAAAACUGGGGUGAUGAAUAUGGAAUUUUGAAGUCCAAACUGGAUGCACUUCAGAAGAGCCAAAGGCAACUCUUAGGUGAACAAUUGGACACACUAACAAUAAAAGAACUCCAGCAAUUGGAACAUCAACUGGAAUAUUCUCUGAAGCAUAUAAGAUCAAAAAAGAAUCAGCUUCUGUUUGAAUCAAUUUCUGAGCUUCAGAAGAAGGAAAAGUCACUUAAAAACCAGAAUAAUGUUCUGCAAAAGCUCAUGGAGACAGAAAAGGAGAAAAACAAUGCUAUAAUAAACACUAACCGGGAGGAGCAAAAUGGAGCAACACCAAGCACAUCAUCACCAACACCAGUGACGGCUCCAGAUCCCAUCCCGACAACAAAUAACAGGAAACUUAAUCCGGUGAAAUUUGUUCAAUCAAAUGCUGCCGGUCUAUUUCAUAUGGCUAUUGGAAGUUUGGAACAAAUAAGCCCAGGCCUGAAAGCGCCUGAACCAAACAGUGAAAAAGCCUCCAAAUGUCAAAGCCAACCAAGAGGAUCAGGGGAGUCAGAAGCUCAACCGUCUCCGGCACAAGCAGGCAACAGCAAGCUUCCGCCAUGGAUGCUCCGGACAAGUCACACAUGAAGGCAUCUGUUGAUCUCAAACGUCACUCCACUCAAUGGCCAACAUCAACAUGUUUCUUCCAACUAAGGCAGCCACUGUUGUGCAAUCCAUCUUCCAGCGAUAUUGAUAUAUCGGCAUUCGGCAUAGCCAAUAUAUAUUAAUGUAAUGUAUCUUGUCAAAGCUUCAUAGGGUUAAUGACGCCUUGAGCUUCUCUGUUCUAUAUCUGUCUUGUAACGAUCUUUGCAUAUCUGCUGCAUUUUUUUUUCUCUCUGAUCGAUGAGUAGUCCUUGGUCCGAGAUUGUAGAGCCGUGUAUGUUUCCUCUCGUCGUUGUGCUCUGUAUGCAAUCGACGGAGAUGUGGUUUAACUUGUCUCACCUGCUGUGAUUUCCUUUCAUCUGUUCUUCAGAUGUAAGAAAACGAACAGCGCCACCGCCUUUUCAAGGAUUAAAAGAGUAGGAUUCAGAACUUUUUUUUU